CUUCCAGAAAGGCUGCUCUUGUCAAGGUCGCCCAUGACCUACCUCCAUGUUGCUAAAUCCAGCUGUCAGUUCUCAGUCCUCAUCUUACUUGACGUGUCAGCAGCAUUUGACACAGUCGAUAAUUCUGUUUUCCUAGAUAAACUCUCCACUUGGCUUUUAGUACAUUGGUCUCGUCUUCACCGCUGCUUCUCCGUCAGCUUUUGCUGUUUCCUUCUGUUGAGCUGGCUUCUAAAUACUGGAGAGCCCAGGCUCUGUUCUCAGACUUCUCUUCUGCGUUGCACUCCCCACUACAGUGGAAAGCUCACUCAGUCUCACGGCUUUAAGUACUGUCUCCUGCUGCUCAGUCUUUUCUUCCUCCGAGCCUGGACCCUCCCACUGGACUGCACAGAUUUUUAUAUCCAACUGCCCAUUCCACCAUGCUCCUCUGCUGAGUGAAUGAUACAUGUUUCAAAUUAGACAGUGUAAACUCUACUUCUUAUUUCUACCCCCAAACUGCUCCUCCUGUAAUCUUCCCUGACUCAGGAAAUGGCAACUCUGUCUUUCCAGUUUCUCAGGCCAAGAACCCGAUGUUUAUCCCUGCAAGUCCUGUCAAGUCUGCUUUCAAAGCCUCCCUCCUCGUCACCUGCACUGCAGAGUCUGCGUGACCUCUCCUCUGGAUCACCGAGUGACUCCUGACUGUGCUCCCUGCCCUGUCGUUCCCCUCCUGGUUGAUCCUCCGCUGUUACUCGACUGAGCCCUUUGCAGCGUGUCGGAUCACGCUACUGCCCUGCUCCGUGGCUGUGCUCUGCCCAGUCCAAGGUCGUUCUCCGUCUUAUGGCCUCCAGCCCUUCUUCAGAAACCCACGUACAAGGGACAUCUCUCAGCUUUAUCAUCCUCUGGAAUGGUUUCAUUUGAGAGUCUUCAAAACAUUUCUGGUGUGGUCCACAGUUCCGUUAAGCCUUUAUUUCAAGCACACUUGAUCUGUUUCCUUAUUUUUGCCAUACUCUACAUUGUCUCCUACUUCAUCAUCACAAGAUACAAGAGGAAAUCAGAUGAACAAGAAGAUGAAGAUGCCAUAGUCAACAGGAUUUCGCUGUUUCUGAGCACCUUCACUCUGGCAGUGUCGGCUGGAGCGGUCUUGCUUCUACCCUUCUCGAUAAUCAGCAACGAAAUCCUGCUUUGUUUUCCCCAAAACUACUAUAUUCAGUGGCUGAAUGGCUCCCUGAUUCAUGGUUUGUGGAACCUUGCUUCUCUCUUUUCCAAUCUUUGUUUAUUUGUGUUGAUGCCCUUUGCCUUUUUCUUUCUGGAAUCAGAAGGUUUUGCUGGUCUGAAAAAGGGAAUCCGAGCCCGAAUUUUAGAAACUCUGGUCAUGCUCAUCCUCCUGGCCUUGCUUAUUCUGGGGAUCGUGUGGGUGGCCUCAGCGCUCAUCGACAACGACGCUGCCAGCAUGGAGUCCUUACAUGAUCUCUGGGAGUUCUACCUACCUUAUUUAUAUUCCUGUAUAUCGUUGAUGGGAUGCUUGUUACUUCUCUUGUGCACUCCAGUCGGCCUCUCCCGCAUGUUCACUGUCAUGGGGCAGCUGUUGGUGAAGCCAACAAUUCUUGAAGACCUGGAUGAGCAAAUUUAUAUCAUUACCCUAGAGGAAGAAGCACUCCAGAGACGACUCAGUGGACUCUCUUCAUCCGUGGAAUAUAAUGUAACAGAGUUGGAGCAAGAACUUGAAAAUGUAAAGAUUCUGAAGAAAAAAUUAGAGAGGCGCAAAAAGGCUUCAGCAUGGGAAAGAAACUUGGUGUAUCCUGCUGUUAUGGUUCUUCUCCUCAUUGAGACAUCCAUCUCUGUCCUCUUGGUGGCUUGUAAUAUUCUUUGCCUGUUGGUUGAUGAAACAGCAAUGCCAAAGGGAACAAGGGGGCCUGGAAUAGGAAAUGCUUCUCUUUCUGCUUUUGGUUUUGUGGGAGCUGCACUUGAAAUCAUUUUGAUUUUCUAUCUCAUGGUGUCCUCUGUCGUCGGUUUCUACAGCCUCCGAGUUUUUGGAAAUUUCAUUCCCAAGAAGGACGACACAACCAUGACAAAGAUCAUUGGGAAUUGUGUGUCAAUCUUGGUUUUGAGCUCCGCACUGCCUGUGAUGUCAAGAACACUGGGAAUCACUAGAUUUGACCUGCUUGGAGACUUUGGAAGGUUUAACUGGCUGGGAAAUUUCUAUAUUGUGCUAUCCUACAAUCUGCUCUUUGCUAUCAUGACCACACUGUGUCUGGUCAGAAAAUUCACCUCUGCUGUGCGAGAAGAGCUUUUCAAGGCCCUAGGUUAUUCCCCAAGAAGGGCACUUGAGGAUGGAGAUAAGCUUGCAGGCGCAGGGCUUCAUAAACUGCACUUAUCAGAUACGCCAAGGGAUUCAGACACAGCAAAGCCUUCUGCAAAUGGGCAUCAGAAAGCACUGUGAGGCCCGAGCGCCACUCUGCAGUCGAGAGCAAGCACCCCACACUCGUGACAUUCCCGCCAGCCAGGCCGUCCUGCUGACCGUGGUCCAUGUGUUGGGCCUAGGCCUGCCCGUGUCCCCGUCUUCAUAAUUUGAGGGCUUGGCUGUCGCAGGUCGUCUCCUCUUUGUUUGCCUUUGGGUGGACCUUAUAGUUUCCAGCCAAGCACAGGCUCCUCCAGGCAGCGCGUCUUCUGGGGGACAUGCUUGCUUGCAUCAGCUGUGCAGCCAUGAGGAUGUGAGAAAAGGCAACUUUGGGGCUUUCUAAGGAUUCACGUAAAUCUCAUUAUAUAGUCCAUUCAAAGUGUAGACACCUACAUGAAAGGCAUCCUUCCUUAAUCCUCAGAUGGGCAGUUUCUGCAAAACAUGGAAGUUGGUAGGUGUUACCGCAGUGGCUGUGUUGAGAUCGUAAUGCUCGCAAAUGGCGUUUUCUACUUCCUUCAAGAAAAAACAAAAGCAUAGUUCUGACUUAAGCUACCAAAUAUUGACUGGAAUUUGAGUUAAGGGAAAAAUACGCACCUCUUGUAACCCUGAGCCUUGGUAGAUGCGAGGACCUGCCUGCUGCCUGAGCGAUAGCCGUGGCAGGGUGUGUUGCGUCGUCGCACUUUCUGACAGUUUAUGUGUAAAUAAUUCAUAUUACCUCUCACAACAUAGUUGCCAGUGUUGAAUACACUUGUAACUUAGAUUUUGCCUUAUAGGCUGUAUGUACACUCAGUUUUUUUUUAAACAUUUUUUUCAGGAAUCCCGUAAUUCCCUGUACUCCUGUGUCCAUUAUGGAACCGUAAAUCCUCUGUGGUAGAAAGCCCUUCUUUCGCCUUUGGUCACUUCUGCACAUGCCAAGUUAAGCCUCAGACUUAGAAAGGUGAUCAUUUAACACCAGAACACACAGCGUCGGCCAGCGUGCGUGGUGUCAGGACCGUUCUGCAGUGCAUCGUGACCUCACGCUCAUUCAGUUAUUAAACUGUAAAUAAUUGCAGGGACAGGUUCUUGACCUCAAGUCCACUGAGUAGAAACUAUACCGUGGUACUCUGUAUCACCCUCGCUAGGUUAGAGCACCAGAAGCUGUGCAUCAGAAGCAGGAGGUGGGCCCCUCACACGCAGUUCCUACCAUGAGGCCUAAAGUGCGUGUGCCCACAUGCACUGUGUGUGUGGCCGUAGAGUGUCUGUGUUCAGACACAGGUAAAAGAAUCGUUUUCUCAGAUUGUUGAAUUUAAAGGUUCUGGGGAGAGAAGUUUAUGAAAAAUAGGCUGUAUGUAUUUGACAAAAAAUUUCCACUAAGAACCAAAAUUAUAAGAAAAAGUAACUCAGCUCCAUGUGUAGACUUCUUUAUUUACACCUCUGCAUUUCCUUCUGAGUUUCUCUUGUUAAAAUGCAGCUUAGUUUUAAAACAAAAGAACAUUUUGUGAUUCUAAAUGACCCUCAGUAAAUACAAGCAGUCUAGUAUGGGUGAAUUUCUCAGCAUAAGAUCCACAUACUGAGAAAAAUUUAUAAAAAAUGGCUUUCUUCAGUUUUACUGGUAAUUAUACCUAUUUAAGCAUUAGUUGGAGGUUUUGAUUUUUACUGAAACUUGCUUGCUUUGAGCAGACCAGGUCAAGGGGAGAAGAGAAAAAAGUUCCUUCAAAUAAAAGAAUAUCACUUUUAACUUACACCACUUUCAGGGCACACAUCCAGAAGAGCUUCUGGGUAUUUGUAAGAUGUCUGAAAAUUUUUGAGUAAAGUAUUAAACUUUUCAACAUCUGUA